AUGGGAAGUCACAACGUUGAAUCGACUGAAAAUGAAGAGCCGGAAACAACGCAAGAGCCAUUCACUUCUGAUACUCCUACCACACCACAACCAACAACCCCUGAACAAACUACUCCAACAAAGCCAGAAACGACUCAGGAGCCUACCACUUCUGAUACUCCUACCACGCCAACUACAUCAGAGGCUACCCCAGAACAAACAACUCCAACAGACCCAGAAACGACUCAGGAGCCUAACACUUCUGAUUCUCCAACCACUCAAACUACAUCAGAGGCUACUCCAGAACAAACAACUCCAACAGAGCCAGAAACGACUCAGGAGCCUACCAAGGCUACCCCAGAACAAACAACUCCAACAGACCCAGAAACGACUCAGGAGCCUACCAUUUCUAAUUCUACAACCACUCAAACUACAUCAGAGGCUACCCCAGAACAAACAACUCCAACAGAUCCAGAAACGACUCAGGAGCCUACCACUUCUGAUUCUCCAACCACUCAAACUACAUCCGAGGCUACCCCAGAACAAACAACUCCAACACACCCAGAGACGACUCAGGAGCCUACCGCUUCUGAUUCUCCAACCACUCAAACUACAUCAGAACCGGAAACGACUCAGGAGCCUCCAACCACUUUAACUACAUCAGAAGCUACCCCAGAACAAACUACUCCAACAGACCGAGAAACGACUCAGGAGCCUACCACUUCUGAUUCUCCAACCACUCCAACUACAUCAGAGGCUACCCCAGAACAAACAACUCCAACACACCCAGAAACGACUCAGGCGCCUAUCACUUCUAAUUCUCCAACCACUUUAACUACAUUAGAAGCUACCCCAGAACAAACAACUCCAACAGACCUAGAAACGACUCAGGAGCCUACCACUUCUGAUUCUCCAACCACUCUAACUACAUCAGAGGCUACCCAAGAACAAACUACUCCAACAGAGCCGGAAACGACUCAGGAGCCUACUACUUCUGAUUCUCCAACCACUCCAACUAUAUCAGAGGCUACCCCAGAACAAACAACUCCAACACACCCAGAAACGACUCAGGCGCCUACCACUUCUGAUUCUCCAACCACUCUAACUACAUCAGAGGCUACCCAAGAACAAACUACUCCAACAGAGCCGGAAACGACUCAGGAGCCUACCACUUCUGAUUCUCCAACCACUCCAACUACAUCAGAGGCUACCCCAAAACAAACCCCUCCAACAGAGCCAGAAACGACUCAGGAGCCUACCACUUCUGCUUCUCCAACCCUUCCUACUGCAACACCAACGACUCAAGAACAAACUACUCCGACUGAGCCGGAAACAACAAACGAGUCGACUACUUCUGAUUCUCUUUCCACUCCAAAACCAACGACCCCACUACAUACUACUCCAACAGAGCUGCAAACAACCCAGGAGCCUACCACUUCAGAUACUCCAACCACUCAAACACAAACGACACCGCACCAGACUACUUCAACAAUGCCAAAAACAACACAAGGGCCUACCACUUAUGAUCUUCCUUCCACACCAACCUCACCACAAACAACCGCAGAACAAACUACUCAUCCUUGUUUUGGGUGGUGUUUAGAAGAUCAGUUGUGCACAGAAACUCCAGCAGGAUUUGAGUGUAAGGAAAUAUUGGAACCUCCCACCACUCCUGCUACAACACACACGACCCGAAAACAAACAACUCAGUCAGAACCGGAAACCACGCUAGAGCCUACCACUUUUGAUUAUCCUACAACUGCAAAAACAACAACCCACAGAAUAAUUUCUCCAGUAGAGCCGGAAACGACUCAGAAGCAUACCACUUCUGAAUCUUCUGCCACUCCAAAACCAACAACUCCAGAACAAACUACCCCAACAGAGCCGGAAACAACGCAAGAGCCUACCACGUCUGAUACUCCUACCACUCCAAAACCGACAACUCCGGAACAAACUACUCCAACAGAGCAGGAAACUACGCAAGAGCCUACCACAACUGAUUUUCCCACCACGCCAAAACAAACAACUCCAGAACAAAUUACUCUAACAGAGCCGGAAACAACACAGGAGCCUACCACUUCGGAUUAUCCUACCACUUCAAAACAAACAACCCCUGACCAAACUACUCGAACAGAGCCGGAAAAGACUCAGAAGCCUACGACUUUUGAUACUCCUACCACUCCAAAACCAACAACUCCAGAAGAAGAGCCUGAAACAACUCAGGAGCCUACAACUUUUAAUUAUCCUACAACUGCAAAAACAACAACCCACAGAAUAAUUUCUCCAGUAGAGCAGGAAACAACACAGGAGCCUACCACUUCCGUUUAUCGUACCACUUCAAAACCGACAACUCCGGAACAAACUACUCUAACAGAGCAUACCACUCCAAAACCAACAACUCCAGAAGAAACUACUCCAACAGAGCCGGAAACAACUAAGGAGCCUACAACUUCCGAUUAUCCUACCACUCCAAAACUAACAACACCUGAACAAACUACUCUAACAGAGCCGGAAACAACACAGGAGCCCACCACUCUGAAACAAAUAACCCCCGAACAAACUACUCCAAAAGAGCCGGAAACAACACAGGAGCCCACAACUCUGAAACAAACAACCAAAGAAAAAACAACCCCAGCCCAAACUACUCCAGGAGACCUGGAAACAACUCAUAAGCCAACCGCUCUGAAACAAACAACCCCUGAACAGACUACUCCAACAGAGCCGGAUACAACACAGGAGCCCACCACUCUGAAACAAACAACCCCUGAACAAACUACUCCAACAGAGCCGGAAACAACACAGGAGCCCACCACUCUGAAACAAACAACCCCUGAACAAACUACUCCAACAGAGCCGGAAACAACACAGAAGCCCACCACUCUGAAACAAACAACCCCUGAACAAACUACUCCAACAGAGCCGGAAACAACACAGAAGCCCACCACUCUGAAACAAACAACCCCUGAACAAACCACUCCAACGGAGCCGGAAACAACACCGGAUCCCACCACUCUGAAACAAACAACCCCAGACCAAACCACUCCAACAGAGCGGGAAACAACACAGGAGCCCACCAGUCUGAAACAAACAACCCCUGAACAAACUACUCCAACAGAGCCGGAAACAACACAGGAGCCCACCACUCUGAAACAAAGAACCCCUGAACAGACUACUCCAACAGAGCCGGAUACAACACCGGAUCCCACCACUCUGAAACAAACAACCCCUGAACAAACUACUCCAACAGAGCCGGAAACAACACAGGAGCCCACCACUCUGAAACUAACAACCCCUGAACAAACUACUCCAACAGUGCCGGAAACAACACAGGAGCCCAUCACUCUGAAACAAACAACCCCUGAACAAACCACUCCAACAGAGCGGGAAACAACACAGGAGCCCACCACUCUGAAACAAAGAACCCCUGAACAAACUACUCCAACAGAGCCGGAAACAACACAGGAGCACACCACUCUGAAACAAACAACCCCUGAACAGACUACUCCAACAGAGCAGGACACAACACAGGAGCCCACCACUCUGAACCAAACAACCCCCGAACAAACUACUCCAACAGUGCCGGAAACAACACAGGAGCCCAUCACUCUGAAACAAACAACCCCUGAACAAACCACUCCAACAGAGCGGGAAACAACACAGGAGCCCACCACUCUGAAACAAAGAACCCCUGAACAAACUACUCCAACAGAGCCGGAAACAACACAGGAGCCCACCACUCUGAAACAAACAACCCCAGACCAAACUACUCCAACAGAGCCGAAAACAACACAGGAGCCCACCACUUCUGAUUCUCAAACCACUCCCACUGCAGCAUCAACGACUCAAGAACAAUCUACUCCAACAGAGCCAGAAAGGACUCAGGAGCCUACCACUUCUGAUUCUCAAACCACUCCCACUGCAGCAUCAACGACUCAUGAACAAACUACUCCAACAGAGCCGGAAACAACACAGGAGCCCACCAUUUCUGAUUCUCAAACCACUCCCACUGCAGCAUCAACGACUCAAGAAAAAACUACUCCAAUAGAGCCGGAAACAACACAGGAGCCUACCACUUCUGAUUCUCAAACCACUCCCACUGCCGCGUCAACGACUCAAGAACAAACUACUCCAACAGAGCGGGAACAAACACAGGAGCCUACCACUUCUGAUUCUCAAACCACUCCCUCUGCCGCAUCAACGACUCAAGAACAAACUACUCCAAUAGAGUCGGAAACAACACAGGAGCCUACCACUUCUGAUUCCCCAUCCAUUCCGACUGCAACACAAACUACACCGCACCAAACUACUUCAACAAAGCCAAAAACAACACAAGGGCCUACCACUUCUGAUCUUCCUACCACGCCAACUUCAUCACAAACAACCACAGAACAAACUACUCCUGUGUCGUUACCAUGUGACGGACUGUGUAAUUCAUGGGAUCAGGAAUGCUUGAGUGACGAAUGUGUUUGUAAAGUACCUUUCCCGCCCCCACCGGGGGAAGAAUGCCAGGAUUUCUUUGGAGUCUUGUUCUGUCAUAUGCGAUAA